CGUGAGCGUGCCGAGUAGUAGCAAUAGUACCUUGCCCGCAGUGGAGAACGGUUUGUAGUCUGCUCACAGGUAGUAGUGCUUUGUGUGUGGAUUUUCCUCGCUUCAAGUCCCACCAUCAUCAUCACCACCCACUUGAAGCGGGCGGAUGGCAAGUGUUGCUGCAGAUGGGCUGAAUUUUCUGGGAUCAGAGCAACCCAUCUCCCAUCCGGUGUCACUAAUGUUGCUGCUACCGCUGUACCUAGUGUAGUGUACCUCAUAGUGUAGUGUAGUAGGUCAACCUUGCGUUGUCCUUUUCUGGUGUGCGCUCUGCCAGACAGAGCAGCUGUGUUGUGCGGGAAAUGUAAAAUGUAGAGCACUCACACAUACAUACUGUGUUCUGCGAAAACUCUGAGGCGAGUCUGAUGAAUGGUGACAGCGCUUUAUAGUGGAGAGCAUUUAAUCAAAGUUUCUAAGGGAAAAGUAAUCGUGAAAAAAAGGACGAAGCAGAAAUAUAUUAUCGGUGGGAGAUUUUGGCUGCUCGGUGCUUUACGAUUGUACUUGACGGGUGUGCGGUAGUACAUACAAUUUUAUGCUCUACACUGCGCCAGGCAAUGGAAGACGCUUUUCCAGCUCUGAAAAAGGGACUCUCGUCGUUGAGUUGCUAAAUGGUUAUUAGGGUACGGUGCGCUCUUUCGAUAGUGUACGUUUUAAACCACAGCGUAUUCGAAUUGAUAUUUUCGUUAGUACAGGCAGCCAGCGUGAGGCGGGUGCACUUUUGUAAUUUGAUGUUUGUGUUGGUGUGAGUAUUGUAUGUAGCAACGUCGUCGUCGUCACCGCCGGAGUCAAACUCUGGAAAGGGUCAGCGGGAAUACACACGGCACGGCAUUGUUAUCAUGAGGAUAUAGUUUAGCGCAGCCGAUCAGAACAACGGAGCUGACAGCACGACUCACCCCCCAUUCCGGAGCUGGCAAUGGCGCCUACGUUCAAGUGCAAACUCGGAGCUUCUGUGCGAACUGAAUGAAACGAAAGGGAGGUUUCUCGAUUCGCAUGAAAAAAAAAAAAACAUCACAAAUCACUACCGAGAGUUGCUGGGAGAAUUUAAUUAAAAAUAUUGAGCCUGAACCUCAUUCAGGACGACGACGACGACGACCACCGUUGUCACCACCCAUCACGUGCGACUGGCAAAGGUGUUGUCCGUUGCGUGCGAAAUUGUAAUUUUUCAUAGCAUGGCAGUGCAGUGCGGGCCGGAUUGCCCGUCAGAACUCCAAGUUUGGGUGUAAAAAAGAUACAUGAAAUUGAUCCAGCCUGCUGAAGGAAAAACUUGAUGUGAGAAACGAUAGCCCCGGUCAGUGGUGUCAUCGCUAAUGAUCGGUGCCUGACAGUAAUAACCCGGAUGCACCUGGUCAAUGGCAAGCAGCUUUGACCGAGUCCGAUGUUUACAGUGUCAACACAGGAAAUAAUUCCAACCCAUUGAAAGUCGAUAACAAGUAGCUUUUUACUACAGUUCUGGUAUGGCGAAGCUACGAGGAGGUGCAAUAUAGUAUCGUUGAAUUUGCCGAGUUGUGCUCCCGCACCGAGGGAGCUGACUCCCACGAGCAGCUCAUGUUUCUGUCGUGGCAAUGUUACCAGAUUGCAGUAAAGUUAUGUUUGUGACAACAACGUCUUCUAGCGUCGUAAAAUUGUAGUCAAUGGUUUUCGCGUGAUAGGAAAAAUGCAUAACCGCGAAAUCUGGUAGCACUGCCUCUGUGUAAACAUGUUUCAUUAUAAACGUAUAUGCAGUGAUUUUAGUGAGUGUGUGAAAGCGCCGGAGUGAACCGACAGCGCUGUUAGCAGUAAAAUAGCAGUAAUAAUAAUUGAAUUACCCAUAUAGUUAGAUUCAAGUGCACGAUAAAUUACACAACAAGUCGAGUGCUCAUAUCGCUAAAUAGGCCACUUGGCCAGGGAAGGUUUAUGAUAUGGUCGGAACCGUGCGGCAGCCGGGUCGUUUCGGUACGUGCGGGUCGUACUGAUGGUCCUGAGAACAAUGCUCGCAGGGGUGGAAAUGAUUCAACCGUCGGCGACGGCAUCCACGCUGGACGCAUUUGGACCAGGACUGCAGCAGUAUUCCAACCUGGCUGGCAACGGCAGCACCGCCGGCAAUGGGACGUCACUGUGGCCGACCACUACUGUGGUUGCCACCGACGUGGCCGACGUGGCGAACGGCACAACGGUCCUGUCGUCGGCCGACCGGUUUGCGGAGGUCGCUAUCCUGUGCUUGAAAAGUUUAAUCUUCGGAUCAAUCAUCAUCGGUGCUGUGCUAGGGAAUGCACUCGUUAUCAUUUCGGUGCACAAAAAUAGGAAGCUAAGAGUAAUAACCAAUUAUUUCGUAGUCUCGUUAGCAAUGGCGGACAUGUUGGUGGCACUGUGUGCCAUGACAUUCAACGCAUCUGUCGAGCUGUCUGGCAGGUGGCUGUUCGGACCAUUCAUGUGUGACGUCUGGAACAGCUUGGAUGUGUACUUUUCGACCGCCAGCAUAUUGCAUCUCUGCUGCAUUUCCGUCGACAGGUACUUCGCCAUUGUGCGGCCCCUCGAGUAUCCGCUGUACAUGACUCAGCGUACGGUCGGUUUCAUGCUGGCCAACGUUUGGGUGCUGCCGGCGUUGAUAUCGUUCACGCCGAUUUUCCUCGGUUGGUAUACCACGGCCGAGCACCUAGAAACGCUCAAGGACAACCCGGAGCUGUGCAUCUUUGUGGUGAACAAAUCGUACGCGCUAAUCUCCAGCUCGAUCAGCUUCUGGAUACCGGGAAUCGUCAUGGUGACCAUGUACUACCGAAUAUACAAGGAAGCCAUCCGCCAGCGGAAAGCCCUAAGCCGCACCAGUUCCAACAUCCUGCUUAACAGCGUCCAAAUCAACAAUUCCAACACGCUGCACGCGAAUUACCAUCACCGGAAUCAUCACUUGCGUGCCAGCGAUUGCGACUUCGGGAUCGACAUGAAAGAUAUUCAGCAUGACACCCACAGCGAGCUGAGCGAUUUGGAUGUCCCAGUGGUGCCGACCAUCGUGAACGUGGACGACGAUCUGCUGGUUCCCUCAUCGCCACCCAGGCGUCUCAGUCGCAGCAGCAUCGAUCUGCGCGAUCUGGAAUACAAGAACGAGACAACCGUGAUCAAAAGCUCGGACUCCGUCAGCUCCAUCUUUCCGCUGAACUUCGAGAACAAUCUGCGCUACGCGGGCAGCGAGCCGCUUCAGGUGAAGGAAAAUCAGCAGCAGCGUCCGUCACGGAAGGAAAGCUUCAAGCAAAUCAACAUCUUUCAGCCGUUUUUCUCGCGAAACUCAAGUCUGCUGAAGUCCUAUAUCAAAAGUGGCAGCAACGCUGGUAGCAAUCUUAACAAUAGCAAUAAUCGGGAUGGAUCCGUUAGUACUAGUAUCAACAACAAUCGAACAGCUUCGGAGAAGAAGUUGAAUAAUAAGAAUAAUGACAAUCGCUCCAACAACAACAUUAUCGACCUAAUAAAUGUGACAUCCUCUCUGAACAAAUCCAGCCGAAUAAUUGACAAAGAGGUCAACACGCACAAGCGGCACCAGAUGGCAGCCAGUGAGUCGGACUUCUUAACCAUGAUCCAGAGGCAGAGGUCCCAGCGGUUGGGACUGAUGAAAAAUAGCGCAAGUUUGAAGAAAACCACCCACAAGAAUGGUCCCUCAGACGACCAGUUGAUGUACGCGUUGAGUGACUCGGAUUUCACAGCAGCUUUGCACGGUGAUGAGGCAAUUAUGAAGUGCAUCAAAAAUCUAAAGGCUUGCGCUGAACAGCGGGAAGGAAUAUUCAAAAUUGUUCUCAACAGUGAGGGGGGAACUGUUGCCGCGGCUACCGCUGGCAUCCACGAAACACCGGACAUUCUGAUCGGCUGUCUCGACCGCGGAUUUGGCAGCACUAGUCCUAAGGAAAAUUUGUCCAGUCGAGUUGAAGAAAGCGCGUUCAUUAAGUCGUCUAAUUUAAAAGUUGUGAAUAGUAGUAAUAGCGUAAACCAAUGCAGCACAGUAAUGGAUAGCAAUCUAAGCCACGAUGAAAACAAUUAUGUGAUAGAUUUAAUAUCGACAUUGUCGUCAGCAGGAUCUCCUCCGCAUUCGGCUGGCUUGUUGCCGGAAACGAUUUUCCGGGAGCAGGAGCGUCUCAAGGCGUGCGAUAAACAGUCUGGUGUUCUAGACAGCCUAAAACCACUAACGGCGCACCCCGACUCGGGGAGUCCUGUAAACAUUUUAAGCGAAACGUCCACCAUAUCGUUGGAUCUAGUGUCCACAAGUCCCUGCACAAAGCUCAACGUUCCUAGCGCUGCCACUAUUCCGGUUCCUACUGCUGCUGCAGUCACAACCGAAGACAGUGUCAACCCCGUAGAUCAUUCCGUGGAUCCUGUGGCUGUCAAUAAUCCCGAUAUCAUAAUCGAGAACAUCCGAAAUGAUAGCUUGUACAAUCAGCAGCAGCAACAGAUAUCGGCGGCCACUUCGACGACGGCGGUCAUGCCACCGUCGAUAAUGACCACAUCGCCAGUGCACCCGGCCGGGUUGCAACGGAAACGACAAUCGUCCACCGUAACGUACAACAUUAACGUGAUCAAUUUCAGCGACAAUCCUGACGAUGAUCAGGGCAGCUACCAGAUGAACAACCGGAGUGCAGGUCCGGGUACAGCCUCUGGAGCCGGUGCUAGGUCCAAUAGUUCCACAAAUUCGAGCCAAAAGUACACCCGCCGAGGCGCCAUUUGCAUCGUCAUCAACAACGACAACGUGAUCCAUGCCAACGACACGGACACGGACUUCGACGAGCGCGAUGACAUCCGGACCGGGGGACCGGGUUACGGUAGCGCUGCUGGUGGUGGUCCCCCGGGGGGAGGUGUCGCAGCCCAUCGGCACUGCUGUUCCCAGGGGCAUCAUGAUGAUGGUUCCGGUGCGGCUAGCUGUCGCCACUAUAAAUUCCGUAAAAUCAAAUGCCUGUGGAAUCACGUCAAGCGGUACGGCUUUCGCCGAGGCCCCCAGCGACGCCGCAAUGAACCGUGCGAUGCUGCCGGUCCGGGAUGCGAGACACUCGAAGGAACCGGAACCUGCAUGGACAGGCUGACCGUACCGAGCGCUGGUCGGCUGGGUGGAAGCCGGUGUGGCAGUGUUGGUUAUGGGGAAGGUGGAACCUCUACCAGACCGACCAAAGGUUGGCGAGCGGAACAUAAGGCGGCCAGGACGCUGGGAAUCAUCAUGGGAGUGUUUCUACUCUGCUGGUUGCCGUUCUUCUUGUGGUACGUCAUCACCACGCUGUGCGGCGAGGAGGACUGCCCGUGUCCCGAGGUCGUCAUCACGCUUCUGUUCUGGAUCGGCUACUUCAACUCGACGCUCAACCCGCUGAUCUACGCUUACUUCAACCGGGACUUCCGGGAAGCCUUCCGGAACACGCUGCAAUCGUUACUGCCCUGUUUCGUCAAGAAGAGCCCCUACAGUGGCCAUAGCGCUUACUAUGUGUAGUAUUAAGCCCGCUAGGUUGGAUGUCAUGUGUUGUGUUCCACCAGGUGUGAGUGAGUGAGAGUGGGAGUGUGGGGCUCAGUUGAAAUUCUUAGUUUACACGGUAAACCGAAGCCACCUAUAAUAAAAUUGAAACUAACUGAAUUACACAAACUCAAAUUCUGUACAGCGUUUAUCAAAAAGAUGGCAACCGUAAAUUGGCAUUUUGCGUAGUUUCAAGUUUUAUGUUUAAGUAAUUUAACAACCAAUUUCAUAGGUUAUUUUGUUUAACCGUGUAUGCUAGGCCCCAGCUGAACUAUGAGGUUGUGUGUGUUUGCAGAAACGAGCAAAUAAACCGUAGUUUGUAAAUAUGUUAGAAAAACAAUGCGCGCAAGGGGUCUAGAUUCGCCGGAAGUCGGAAGUGAAGAAAAGUUUGGAACAACUUUGGACACGGUUUACCGUGGCAAGCAGUUUCUAUUUACUGCUUUGCUGUUGGUUUUGGGUGCUUGGCAGGUAAACGGAAAACUUUAUCUGUCGUAGUUCCGGGACGCUUCGAGCUGUGCCGGAUUUAAGUGGGUGAAAAAUCACAAUUCACAGAUGCUCCAAUUAUUUACAUUCCAGCCAAUUUCACUGUUUAUGUUUCCGGAACUCACAGGUAAAAAGUUUAUUUUCGCUUACGCCCGUCAGCUUCGGGCAGAGAAUUUCAAUUAAAGGAUUAUUCCCAGUAUCAGAGUUUUCCUGAAUCAUUUUGCAUUUGGGUCGAUAUUUGAUUUGCUUAUACCUUAUCGGCAUUUCGCUGGGAAAUUGUGUAUACAAAGUGUUCGGAGGUAUUAUUCGACCUCGUUCAGAGAAGUGUUUAUCCUUGUCCGAUUGAUUUUUCAGUAGAAUUGGGUCCGAUUGGUUGACGAAUUGAAGCGUGCUACAAUGUUCAGUUACGUUGAUUGAAAACGUGCUCAUCCGAGAUGGACUUUGCGCUGAUAGGGCUCAAAUGCUGAACAACCAGGUCAUGGUCAUAUCGGCAAAAACAGCUCGGAUGUUGCUGGGAAUGUUAUGUGUAGGAAACACAAUGGUUUAAACUUCUCGCUGGGAAGCUCGAUUAUGACUUUAAUCUCUUUUCAUAGCUGGUUAUUUGUAUAAUGUUAGCAAACAUUAAAAAAAAUUCUUUUCUUACACAGUAACCAAUUCAAUUUUCUUAAUACUAAUGUUCUACCAACAACCAUGCUUUUUUCAUGAUGUUGCUCCAAAAGCCUUGCGGCAUGAACAUAUUGUCAUUCAUUGAAAACCUAAAACAACCUAAAUGGAAGUUUGAUUUUGCAGCCAUGUAGUUCUGCUUGGGAAUACAAAUUUGUCGUGCCAAAAAUGUUUUUAUUUCGCUUACCCGCGCGAUACGGAUAAAUCUUGUAAAAAUGUAACACUGAAACCUAGUAUCUUCGUUUGAAAUGAAGGGUUUUUAAAAUUAUCUGUCGAAUAACAGCCGUCGUACGACAACAUCGUGUGACGCAAUCUCAUACGUUUUGCCUUUCUCCUAGAAAGGUAUAGCAAUCACUGGAAAAACCAAAGGUAUAAAAGUGGUCCCAAUGGCCGAAUGUCAUAUACCACUCGACCCCUUUCGACGAACUGAGCAUUUUCUGUAUGUAUGUAUGUAUGUGUGUAUGUGUGUGUGUGUGUGUGUGUGUGUGUGUGUGUGUGUGUGUGUGUGUGUAUGUAUGUGCAACUUUUUUUUCUCACUCACUUUUCUCAGAGAUGGCUGGACCGAUUUUCAUAAAAUUAAUUGCAAAUGAAAGGUCUAGUUGCGCCAUAGGUUGCUAUUGAACUUCAUUGUAAUCGGAUUUUUAGUUUAGAGGUUAUGUAUCAAAAUGUAAAAAUCACGAAACAUCAAUAUCUCAGAAACCACACAACCGAUUUUAUUAAAACUGGUUUCAAAUGAUCGGACUGUCUCCAGAACCCUUUACUUUUGAAUUUCGUAAUGAUUGAACAUAUGGUUCAAAAGUUAUGUAAAGAAAAGUUAUCCUGAGGUUGUUUAAACUCACUCAUUUUUCUCAGAGAUGGCUGAACUGAUUUUCACAAAAUUAGUGUCAAAUGAAAGGUCUAGUUGCCCCAUAGGUUGCUAUUGAAUUUCAUUGCAAUCGGAUUGUAACUUUGUCCGUUGUUCAUGAAAAUGUGAAAUCACAUAAUGAAAGUAAACAUAUUGACUUCCUCUUAACGAUCACUGGCUAAUUAAAAGGUAGAAAAGUGAUCCAAAUGGCCGAAUGUCAUAUACUACUCGACUCAGUUAGACGAAUCGAGCAUUUUCUGCAUAUAAGCAUGUAUAGGUGUAUAUGUUUGUGUGUGGGUGUGUACGUGUGUAUGUGCACCUUUUUUCGCACUCACUAUUCUCAGAGAUGGUCUGACCGAACAGAUUUCAAUAAAAUUAAUUGCAAAUGAAAGGUCUAGUUGCCCUAUAAGACCCUAUUGAAUUUUAUUGUAAUCUGAUUUCUAGUUUAGAGGUUAUGUAUCAAAGUGUAAAAAUCACGAAACAUCAAUAUCUCAGAAACCACACAUCUGAUUUGAUUAAAAUUAGUUUCAAAUGAACGGGCUACCUUAAAAACCCUUACCUUUUGAAUUUUAUGAAGAUUGAACAUGUGGUUCAGAAGUUAUGGAAAGAAACGGGUUCUGGAGACUAUUUAAUCUCAUUCAUGUUUCUCAGAGAUGGCUGGCCCGAUUUUUAUAAAAUUAGUGUCAUAUGAAAGGUCUUGUUGCCCCAUAAGACCCUAAUGAUUUUUUUUACAAACGGAUUAUUACUUUGCCUGUUAUGUUUAAAAAUGUGAAAUCCAGCUAUGAAAUGGAACAUAUUCCAAGACAACUUACUUGGACUCACUCAUAUUUCUCAGAGAUGGUUGACCCGAUUUCCACAGAAUUAGUAUCAAAUAAAAGGUCUACCUACCUCAUAACACCCUACUGAACUUUGCAGUAAUCGGACUGUAACUUCGUCUGUAGUGUAUCGAAAUGUGAAAAUCACGAAACUUCAUUAUCUUAGAAACUACACAACCGAUUUGAACAAUAUUGAUAUCAGAUGAACGGGCUAGUUAAGGGUUAACCGAUGAAUUAUGAUUGAACACGUGGUUUCAAAGUUUGGCUGCCCCAUACGUUACCUUUUCAUUUGAUUGUAAUCAAACUUAAGCAAGCGUUAUGUUUUAAUUUGUAAAACAACGAAAGUCUAUUAUCUCAAGUAUUACACGACUUAUUUGAACAUAACUAGUGUCAUACAAAUGAGUCAUCUCUCAAACUUACAAAUAACAAACUUCAUAACAAUUUGAUAUGCUGUUUAUAAGUUUUAGAAAGAAAAGAAAUUCAAAGACUAUUCAACACUUUACCUGCUUCGAUCAAUAUAUAUGGCCUCAACAAGAUUUAAAUGUGGUAUCGUAUUAUCUGAACGUUCCCGGCAUCGCUCGUGAUUAAAUUGUUCGAAAUUAAGAGUCAUUGCUUUUAUUUCGCUAUUUCUUAAGUACUAACAUUACGUCAAAUUUCAUAUUUUAUACUUUAAUUACAACAUCAAUAUUUUAGAACCCAAAGAGUGGAUAAACAUUUAUUAGAUUUAAGCAUUCAUGUAAAUCUAUUUUUACAAAUAAUAAGUUUAAAUGAGAAAGGCUGAGUUUGACCGCUAGGUGGAUUAAUUUAGGUUUUUUUUGUAUUUCUCAAUUUGACACAUGCACGUACGCUAGCGCUGCUGUCGGUCUGUGGAGGAAAAGAUGAAAAGAACAAGAUUAGUUACCUUUUUUUUCUAGAACAUUUUGGCCGCGACCACUUUAAUGGCAAUAUGAUUGAUAUUACCGGAAGGCCAAACAACAUGUAUUUCAGUACUCAUGUGUGCCGUACAGUGUAAAACAAUUCGGCACAUCGGAUAGUUAAAUUUUCCAGUCGUUUCGAAUAAUGAUUAUUUCCAAAUUCGUGAAACUUUUGACGUAUGAUUUUUUAUUUUUCUCGAAAGGCCUAUAAAUUAGCUUCAAUUUGCCAUCAAAAGAUUUUAAAUCGGUAAAACCGCUCCACAGUUAUAAAUUUUUGAAAAAAGGAUUGUCUAUUUUUGGAUAACCCUAAUUUUAAAAAGAGCACCUCAAAAUAUUCGAGUCUAGAGUAUACCAUGAUAAGAACAAAAAAUAAAUUUAUUAAUAAGAGAGGUCCAGUGGAAUUUUAGGUGAAUAACAUUUCCUGACACCAGAAAUGAGUUCAGUACCAGAAAAUUUGCAUUAUUUAUCAUUUUCAUCUUAUAUAUAAAAUAAAGUUACAUACAUGUGCAACCGCCCAUAACUUUACAACGGAGCGUCUGAUUUGAGCUGGCUUUGUUUUGUUGUAUUCGUCUUCGUCCAAGGCAAAUUGUUACGGCGGGAAAACUAGGAAAAUUUAAAGGAAAAUGGUACAAUUCACGAAAAUAGAAUUUCCAUACAACGAAGAAAUGAGAUCGCAGAAGGCGCAAUGAACAACAAUAAUAUGACAGCAAUUCAAAACAGGUGACUCUCGACAGUUAUUUUAUAGUCAUCUUUUAAAAGCUUCCACCAAAAAUUAAAUACAAAUAGAAGUAGUCUCAACUGGUGGCUACCGUCACGGUAAUCGGUUGAACCAUCUAAACAUAUAAAAAAGCAGCUCUGUCUGUCCGUCCGUCUGAUUCAUAUUGACUUGGAAAAUACUGAACCGAUACUGACCGAACAAAUUCCUGCACAUCUAGGAAACUGAUCAAGUAAAUGGAACCAAAUUUGACAUAUGGAUGUCUUUAGUGGUAACAAAUAUGUCCAUAUUGGUUCGACACCCCUCCCUCUUCUGGAAGGAAGGGUUCCCAUACAAAUGAAACACAACUUUCGCACAGCUCGAGAACCAAUCAAGCAAAUACAACAAAAUGUGGAAUGUGAAUGUUUUUAGAUGUAACAAAUAUGUCCAUAAUGGUUCGACACCCCUUCUCUUCUGGAAGAAAAGGGGUUCUAUGAAAAUUAAACAUAAAUUUCUGCACAUAUCGAGAACCGACCAAGUAAAUGAAACCAAAUUUGGCAGGUGAAUAUUUUCAGGGGUGACAAAUAUGUCCAUAAUAGUUUGACACCCUUACUUCUUCUUGAAGGGUGUUUCCUACAAAUGAAACUAAAUUUUUUCAUAACUCCAGAGAUAAUCGAGUAAAUGGAACCAAAUUUAGCAUGUGAAGGUUUUUGUUGGCAAAAAAUAUUUUAAUGGUGGUUCAAUACCACCCCCACUCCUGGAUGGGAGGACUCUUAUAUAAAUCAAACAUAAAUUUCUAUGGUAGUUUCAUACUUCUUCGUACUCUGGAAGGAGAGGCAGGUUUCCCAUACAAAUUAAACAGAUAUUUCAACCAGGUUUACCGGGAAACAACCUACAAUGAUCGGGUCGAUGCACAGGAGCCAAAACUCGACUCCAGGCGUCAUUCUUAAAUUUAAGAUGGAAACUUCCGGUUUUCAAUAUGGGUAUUUCCGGAAUCGUAAUGGUGUACUAUAGCCACAAGUCGACCUAAGACAACAUUUUAAAAUGUAAGAUGGAAACUUCCGGUUUCUGGAAAACAGCCGAAAAUGAGCGAUUUCCAUCCAAUUUGAGUACCUCUGGAACCAGAAUGAUGCACAGAAGCUAGGAAUCAUUUCCGGACACCAUUGUGGAUUCCAAGAUGACGAUUUCCGGUGUCUGGAAAACAGCAGAAAAUGACCAAAUACCACCCAAUAUGGGUAUUUCUUUAACCAGAAUGACACUCAGAGCCCAGAAAUUUUGAAUUCAAAAUAAAUUCAUUUUUGAUUCAAAGAUUACCACUUUCAGUUUCUGGCAAACAACAAAAUUACUGAACACCUCCCAAUAUGGGUAUUUCCGGAAUCAGAUGGAUGCUAAAAAACAACUGUAAAUGAUCGAAUACCACUCAAUAUGGCUAUUUUCAGAAUAGAGGUGAUGUACGUAAGCCAAAAUUCGAGGAUGUUGUCAUUCCGAUAAAACCAAUCAUUUCAAACAAUUUGCCUAUUGACUUUGAUCAUAUCCUAUGGACGAUUCGUGGUGCAUUUGCAGGCUAUAAACGAAUCGCAAGGAAUCAAUGAAUUUGAAAUGUUUAAAAUUAUUAAAUUGAACACAAAAAUGGGCGAGACGAAGUUUACCGGGUCAGCUAGUUUAUUAUAGAAAGACCUUCAUAUUUUUUCCGACUUUUGUUCAGAGACCUGUCACUGUGCGACGGUUAACGUUGCCAUCUGAGGACUUGAAUGCUCACAAAACUGUGAUUAUUAGUAAUUUGUCAUGCAUAGCAGGUGUUCAUGUUCAUAAAAAAAUUGACAAUGGUGUGUAAAAAUAUGCAUCAAAAUACGUUAAAACACUAACGACAUCUGUCUUGUGGUGCCCCAGUUGCACUGCAUAGAUAUUACCGUAUCGAUAUUUUAUCGAUAUCCGUGUUUAGUUUAUCACUGACGCGAGCCCCACGUAGCGGUAGCAUUACCUUACUUACUUUACUUUGUUGGCUAACGGACCGUUCACCGUUCUAGGGCCGAGCGAGAAAGUAGCCGUUCUUCAGUUUCCUUAUACACCAGCAGAUCGUGUGUCUUCUUCCACCGCGUGCGAGGCCUACCACGAAGUCGACGACCUAUUCCUGGUUCUCUACUGAAGAUAGUUUUAGCGGCUCUCUUGUCAGGCAUUCUGGCUACAUAUCCAGCCCACUGGAGCCUGUUUCGCUGUAUUACCUUCACUGUAGCAGCAUGAUCAUAUACCUGGUACCAGCGUUGCUAAACGAGCGAGAAGCAAAACAUAUCCACUCCUUUCUGCUCGAGACUGAGAUGUGUGCUACGCUUCUCCAGUCGUUCGCACACACACUUUCGAGAAACUCUUUAUUAUCCAUGCAUUUGCCAGAGCAGCAGCCAGCAUACAGCCGCUCGCGAAUUCUCUUUUGCUUUUUUACUCACGCCAAAUACGCGAGUACUCGAAUAAGAGUACUUGACUAGGAGUGCUUGAAAAAAUGUGCCCGAAAACGAAAAUGCUUCGUUCACCGACUCACGCAUGCGGCUUGUCCAUCGCUAAACUGAUGCCAAGCAGUUUUGCAUCGUGCACCGACGAGCGAAAGUGGGGUGAUAAAUCUAUAUAGAAUCGCAUGCUUGAACGUGUAUGAUAUUCGACCACCUACUCGCAGUGAUGCCACAAUUUCAACUGUAUUUCGAAUCUCAGAAAAUCACCUUGGUGGUAUUUCAAUCUGUAUAAAUAUCUGCAUAUGUACUGGACAUAUCCCUUAAAAUAAAAAACACAAUUAUGCACACGUUUAUGCGUAACAUAUAAAUAUAAUGAAACCUCCAAUACGCUCAAUAGCAUUUGAGUUCUUUUUCGAUUUUCAACUAUAUCGAAAAGUUUGUUUCGCGGUCCACGAAAAUAUCUGUAAUCGCCACUCCGCUUUGUCGUACCUUGUCACUCCGUAUCGUCAUAAUGCGUCUUGACGGUUGUGCUCGCGAGAAAGGGAGGUACACGCGAGUGGGAAAGUACGCGAGCGAGAGUGCGUGUCGGCCUAUGAGAAAACUCGCAAGCAUCAACGCUCGGUAGUGUGAAAUGAAAAAAGGAAAAGAGAAUGAGAAACAGUACGACAGGAGUAUCUCUAGUGUGAGAUUUCGGUAGCGGCGAGAACGCCACUUGGAGUAUCGCAUGCUUUUUGCGAGCGAGUUUAACAACGCUGCCUGGUACAACUCGUGAUUUAUGCGUCUGCGUCACACUCCAUCUUCCAAUAGAGGGCCAUCGGGAGUCCUACACAGCCCUAGUUUUGUGCGAGUACGGGACCUUAGCUGGUUACGUAGUCCGUAGAAGGCCCUGUUUGCACCCGCAACUCGUCGUUUCACUUCACGGCUCAUAUCGUUGUCACAUGUCACGAGCGUACCAAGAUAAAGGAAUUCAUCAACCACUUCAAACCGUUUCCCAUCUAUCUCCACCUCAGCACCAACACCAGGGGAACUCUCCUCUCUUCCUCGGCUCCUCUCCGACGGUUUAUCAGUACCGUAAAACGGGGUGAAUAGAAACAGUGAGGUGAAAAGAAACAACACUUUUGAGCUUGAAAAAUGUUAUCACAAGUCUUUGCUGACAUUGAAAAAUCAUGUAAACAAUUUUUCUCGAAUAGUUCGAUAGUAAACAAGUCCUUCAAAAUUAUUAAUGGGAUAAAACUCUAAUGUCAGUUUGUUAAAAAAAAAAAUACAAAAUGGAGGCUCGAGCUCAAAGUUCUGAUUAUGUUUUAGGAAAAAUUCCCGGUUGUCAUAUUUACGGCGCAAAAAAAAAAAACAACGCAAUAACGAAAAAUAAGUGAAAAAUAACAAAAACAAAGCGACUUGCGAAAUUCAAUUACAUUUUCCAUGUAAAACGGUGCCUGAAACAUGUUUUGUUCAUUCUCUGCCCAUUUUGGUCAAGAAAAAAAGUUAGAUACUUGAGUUCAUCGAAAAUUUGGGUAGGCCUAAUUUUUGAUAAUUUUUCAAUAGGCACUUUAUUGUGUGUAACAAUUUUGUUUUGUUGAGAUCAUCACUGCUUCAUUUUUUUUCGCUCAUCCUCAGCGGAUUGUGCUACAAAUAACCUAGUAUUACCUAGAUUUUGUAGCAAAAUCCACUGAGAAUGACCGAAAAAAGAAAUUAUUAUAAAGUAGGUUGAAACGUUCGGAAAUAAUUGCUUUUUAAAUCUACUUUUCACUGAAAACUGUCGAUUCUCCAACAUAUAUUUUGUAGAAGAAAGUUUUGCUCUAAAAUAUUGCUGUCGAGCUUCAGAUCCAAAUUUCUCCCUAAAUUCGGUUUCUGGACCAUUGUGCAGUGUGCAUACAAUUCUUGACUUUCAUGUAAACAGAAUUAAAAAUUUACUCCGGACGAGAGGUCAGAUGUAUUUAUCAAUUUUACUUCAAGUUUUAAAUAAUCUCUAAUAUAGAAAAACAACCGAUGUCUGGCUAAAUAUUCCGACACCAAUUUUUGCUUUGCAUAGCUACUUAGAAACCAGAAGGUCGCUCUCAAAUUUAAAAUGGCUGUAUGAACAAUAACAUUGGGAAGCGUUCACGAAUUUUUCACAAAACGGUCGUCGUCAACUUGAAAUAAAAACUUAUCAUUAAAUUGAAAAAUGAACAAUGAACACGUUUUCGAAAAUACCGAUAUUGCAGAAUAUAUCCAACUUUCGAACUGAUUCCGGAUCUACCAAUAUUGGAAACUGGAAGUCGCCAUCUUGGAUUGAAAAAGGUGUCGAACAUCAUUUUCUGGCCUCUGGACAUCAACUUACGGCAUCCAGACGUGAUCAAGGCGUGAACAUCAUUGACUUGCUGUAUGGUGCAAAAAUUUUUUGACUUUUGUAUCAAUUAAAACAUGGGAGUUACACCUUUUCCUUCCCUUCUAUGACCACCUUCUUUGUGAAAAGAAUUUGUAUGCCAAGUUUAGUGAAAUUCGGUGCAGGCAUCGAGAGUUUUGCUGGAACAUAUAUACAAACAAAGCUUGUCUUUUUCAUAAAUAGAUUUUUUCUAAGGGUCAUAUCUGUUAGUCUCACGCAAAAGUUGGAAUGUGCGUAACCAGAUCAUUUAUGUGCGAAAUCAGCGCAUUUACUGAUUAAAUUUGGAACCAGUAAAACAAAUGUGUGCUGGGCAUAACGCAUUUGAUGCUUUAGUGUAUUUUGAAUGUAUUUGGUACCCCUAAAUCACUAUACGUACUUCAAAAGUUUCAACCGGUGUUGGUAUCGUCAUGAUGAUUUGUACUGGUAUUAGUGAUGUUCUUUAUGAAUGCUAUCGUUGAAGCAGUGCAACCAACAACAAACAAUGAUGAUUUUGAUCAUGAAUAAAUUGAUGAAAAUAUAUUUUGUUUGCCGACGGUGAUUAGGGAUGCACUAUCCUUUGAUACGCACCGACUUGCGAAUUUUUUUUUGAGCACCCCAAAACAGAUCGUUAGCCCGAAGCCAAAGUUUACCGAAACAUCACGAUUUUGUGUGUAUGAUUCAUAUUCUGAUUCCGAUCGCUGUCCAUGUAUUCAUUGUACAACUGAUGCGUUAUGCAUUUCACCUAUUUUAGUGCGAAAUCAGAGCAAUCAUUUUGCGUUUUGAAAGGACACAUUGAACGAUUAAAGCUUGAACUUUUGCAUGUAUGAAUAAAGGACACACUAACAGACAUAACACUACAACUAAACAAAAACAAUAACAAUUAUAAAUAAAGACAUCAGCGCUUGCGUACGUGCAUGUGUCAAAUUAAGAACCACAAAAAACAAAAAGCGUCUGAGAUUGCAUGACAGUGCCCCAGACGGUGUUGUAGCGCGAUGACUGUAAUUCGACAGGAAAUUUCAAAUGAACGUUUUUAGUGGUAAUGGAGCUAAAUUUCAGUGCUACGUCUGUUGGUUUGUGGUUACAGCAUUAGUUCAUAAGAUGUUACCAUUCGUUAUGAUUAGACGGUUUCAUAGCAAAGAUGACUAGUACUAGUAGGGUAGAUGAGCCAGUAAUAGCAGGUGUACCAGUAAUGGUGGUAUACCAGCAUUUAGCGUUAUUAAUGCAUUUUCCGGGAUAAUAAUAUAUUAUCAGAUAAUUUUUAUUGAUUCUGUGGAAAUAUGUCUACGAUUUGGUAAACUAUAUUGGUUUGAAAUCUUAUUUAAACACUUUGUAUUUAUCAAUUUAUUCAAGAGUGAAAAAAACAGCAAGUAUCUUACGAAAUUUGUAACGCAACAGUGAAAUUUCGUAGCUUGAAAUAUCAAUGUAAACACGAUUUCUGUGGCAACAGUCUUCGCAGAACUGUUCUUGACCAUUUUUCUUACCAUAAUCAAUCGAAAAAAUCACAAAUAAUCAUCAAAAUACUUAAUAAAUUGAAACUCCACCAUAGGAACAAUUUAAGUACCCCUGUUCCAGUAAUAGUGGUAGUGCUCCUGCUAACAUUUGAGGUUAGGUUUUAACUCAGCAGAUAUAAACCAAAUGUGGUGCGCGAACUACUUUCGUGUGUAAAUCUGACUCUGGUUCACACAAUACAGUGCAGUUACCGUUAUUCUUACAUUUUGGUAUUAUAGGUAAGUUUUUAUUUCACCUUACACCAGUGGUAGUUAUCGCCGAAACGCAAGGACAUAUAACACAGAAAAGAGAUGAGAGAACAGCUGAAAGUUGAUGAGAUGCAGAAGGACAAACUUGAGCUUCUUCAAGCUUCAAAGCUUUCCAAGCGCUAAUGUAAUACAGUACAAUGAUUAUUUAUUGCUGAUUUUCUCUGAGUUGGACUAUUUAAACAAUAUUUUCAUUAUAACAUUCGAAUUUUUUGAUUCAUACAAGCGCUCGUAAAGUGUCCCUUUGAUUUGAAGAACAAAAUUGAGCAGACACAAAGAUCAAAAGUAGAGUGGGGUAAAACUACCGGAAAAGAUCCUUCUAGCAUUGCGAAGCAUCAUCUGGAGCAAAAGAAGUAGUUUGUUUCUUAUCUCACAACAUUUUCACCGUUAAAUUCAAAACGAAUAAUUAUCACAGCACAUGCUAGACGAUUGCCCACGGUGGAAGAAGAGGUUUGGAAUGCUACCUUAGAGCAUAAAAACAACUAAAUCGUAAUUCAUUUGCUGCAGCCUAUGAAAUAAUCAACUACCACCAUUACUGGCACAGUUUCCACACAGUAAAAAUUUCUCAAUAUUAAGCGCAACGUAGUUUGUAAUGUAACGUAAAGAAUACAAACGUAAUUCUUUAUCAAACAUAAGUUUACUUUCUUACAUACUUAACAUUGAAGACCAGCAACCAUCACUGGAAUUUCAAUAUCAUCCCAUUUCAUUUUACUGGAAUGCUAUAAAAGUAAUAGCUGCGCCACCUUAUUUUACACGAACUGUCUUAUUUUUAAAUUGGAUGUGUUUUGAAUUUCAACGUACAUCACGUAAAAUUGACAACCGAGCACACUCUGCUGCCGUGCGAAUACUUUUUUGGCGGCCAUUGUCGUGUUUACAUUCGUGUGGAAAGGUAUGUAUUACGUUUUUUUUUUAAAUGUUGUGUAAAAUUUGCAAUGUGCAUUGUGAAAAUAUGCCAUGUUUCAUGGCACACAUCCGGAUUCACCGGAGUUAUAAAGUUUUUGAGUGCCCGGUCGCCAGCUGCGGAUUGGUUUUCAAAACAUAUCGGUCGUUCAGGAAGCACCUGCGAAACAGACAUCUGGACGGGACUCAAGGACGAAUAUCCUCAGUGCGAUUCAGGAUUUAAUGUGCGUGCAAUUCGUACACAGUUUUGUGUACAUUCCAAAAGCUUCGAAGUUUCUGGAACUUCUACAAGAGUAUUUCCUUAAACUCUUUCCCACCAAAGGGUCAAAGUCCAGAGCCACUCGUGUUGGAAAGCAGCAACGGCAAGUACAAAGGGUCAUUGCGGCCUUGUCUAAUCAUCGAUUGCACAAUGAGGCAGAUCCGUUACACUAAGAUCUCUAUGAAAUGCGAUAAUAAAACAAGUUUUCACACAUAAUAAUAUUCUGUAUUUUUUAUUCGUUUUAUGAAAAGAAAUAUAAUAACUAUUCCUGUACGAGUUCUGCGCGCAUUGAAAUGCAUCAGACCACAAACACUCGCAACAACUUGUUUUCGGAAAAAAAUAACGGGAUUCGAAUUAUUCGAAAAUUACGUGUGAUUUGAAUUUUACAGUACGCGAUAUACUAUCAAUUAUUUGAAUUUUACAGCUCACGUAAUUCUAUUUCGAAACACUUUUUUUCCUGUAAUUUUCAAAUCUCACGUAAAAUUGAAUUAUACAUAAUGGAGGUAAUUCUUUAUAGGCGAUUCGACGUAAAUUUCAAUGUUUAUUUUUAACUGUGCACUAUUAUAGGAACAUUGCCUCCAAAACUGAAACAUAAGAUUGGUGUAAAAUUAUUCAUUUUUCAUACUUAAUUUGUUAAAAACAUAUACAAACUGUAAUUGUACAUGACAGUUUAUGAUAUUUUCUAUAACACCAAAGAAAAAUGGGUUUGAUAGAUACGAUAUGAAUAUUGAUAUUCUCGUUUUUAAAAAACACUGGUGCUUAGACCCUUCAUUACUGGAUCAUCUACCCUACCUGACUGUUGCAGUGUGCAGCGGGCACGAAUGUUGCUGCGCGUGUACUAAAGUCGAAUUUUGUAUACUGUUAAUUUGUAUGUUAAUUUGAUGAUGACGACAAAUUGGUAAAAGGUGAAGCAACUUUUUCAAUAUCCUUGUAUGGUCAUGCCAUCUGAUUUUCAAUAUCGUUGCACGGUGCGGCCAUCUAAAAGUCAAUAUCCUUAUAUGGUGCUGCCAUCUAGCUUUCAUUUUCAUCUGGUGGAUUUUGCACAAUAAACCGAUUUUGUUAAUAGUCACAGUUUUAUGCGCAUUCAAGUCAUCAAAAGGCAGCACUAACCGUUAUAAAGGAGUCGCGGGCAAAAUUUAUGAAAAAGCUGGAAGUCAGGUAUCUUGUUAUAGACAUCUUUGCUGUUACUCAACAAAAUUGCUGGUCGGGAAUUUCUAUAAGGCAGUCGCAAAGAUUAACAGAUAUAAUAAAAGAAUCAUUUAAAAAAGUCAGUCAAAUAACAGGACGCUGUCAUGCAAUCGCAUAUAUUUCUUGUGGUUCAUAAUCUGUCACAUGCACGUACACCUGCGCUGCUGUCGAGAUACAGAACGCAGCGCGAACUAGGCAGCAGAUGAUGCUAGUGUUACUUACGUAAACUACCGUUAUUUUCCGAACGAGGGAUUUAAUAAAAAUUUGCUCAAAGUGAUAUGGUUGUUAUUCUGUGGCAUUCUAUAGCAAGUUUCAUUUCGUUUUGCCUAAAAUUUCACAAGUAAACCUAUGAUCUGGCAAGAUAUAUGCAGCUGCGGAGAGAAAAACUCAGGUUUUGUCAAACAGAAGUUGUGGAGUAAUGGAAAGGUGAAUCGGGUUGCGUCAAAGAUGAAGACAUUAUGCAACAAGAUGGCAGAAAAGUUCUAAGAUUCAUUAAGACAAAAUCGUUUUUUUUUCUUCUAUUUACUCUUUGAAGUGUAAUAAAUGACUUACUUACAUUUUAAGUAUUCAACAUUUUUGUUGGUUUAACAAGGUUUGUUUGUUUCUUCCAGAUAUUAAAUCAAUUAAGCUUCAAUCUUCAGUUUCUUGUAUGCUUUAAGCCCAAGACUCUAACAGAGAAUUCGGCGCUUCGAACUUCUCGAUAUUUGGUAUAAUUCGCUCAAGUUACAAUCAGAAUUUACCCGUGUUUGACCUUUGUAAAAAUGUCACGCGGUGUAAAAUUUCGCCAAUGCAAUCGCACAUCUAUCUUACGCUGAAUUUCAAUGCUUGCUUGUGGAACAUAAACAAAUGAACUCAAUGAUAAACUGUCCAUAACCAUUUUUCGGUAAAAACUAACCUGUUUAUAUGGAACGCUUAUUUAAAUUGGUAGCAUCUUCUGUGGGAUUCACUGUGUCUCCAAAUUUUUCUUUUUUGAUACUUUUUGAAGAAGUAACAAUGUUUUAACUUAGUUUCUAAAGUAGUGAACUGUGAAACCCUUCCCGCGCACGGCUAUGAAUCCAUGACCUGACUAAUCUUUACACAAUUGACGUUCACGCCAUGUGGGGGCCAACGUCUCUCGAUCGACCAAUCUGCGCCAUUGGCAAUGAAUUUCACUUUUGUCAUUUUUGUCGUAGAAAACUCCACAAAAAUCACCUCGGGUUACUGGGCCUGUUGACACACGCAUAAAUCAGGGUACCGCCGUUAUUACGUGGGACGUGGUCACAUCGAAAACAUAACAUUAUCCUUUACACUUGACAGGCUGACACGAAAAACGUGUGGCCCGUGUUACGAUUAUCUGCUCCGGGGUUGUCGGGUACAGGGGACUAAGCUGCCGACAGACACCUAACAGCAAACUUGCCAAGAAUAAUAUUGGUUUAGGGCAACACAUUCCAAACUUUGGUUUCGCUUCGCUUCCGAAUCCGGGACGAAUCGGGUGGGUGUCGACAGGAAAGCAUCGCUGAUGGUUGGUUCUGCUACCAGACAAAGGAAGAACACGGGUUGCCGUCUCCUUGUUACCCCAAGCCCAUCAGUGCUCGAAGAUGUUUACCUGUUUACAAUUCCAGCUGACUGACAGAUCGAAGUUGAAGGUACAUUAAUAUAUUUACAUCGAACCUGCAUCGUCCUGGGGCUCCAAUAUGUAGGGGAUUCAAUAAAAAAAAGGAAAAAUCAGAAAGUGUGUUCAAUCGAUGCUAAACAAGAAAUAUCGGCCCCUUUCAUAUAGACAUUGUUUUACAAGCUCGCCGGAGAAGUUCUGAGCUCGAAGAAAGAAUAUAUCCAAUACCAAAACAAAUCAUUAUGUAGAUGUAAAAUAUCCAAACACACUCCAUACAACCGCUAAGCAAUCAAACAAAGCACCAUCCCUCGAGUGUUGUGACGCGUAAUUGGUCAGCCAGCGGCGUUUCCUGCCAGUUGUACGGAUCUAUCUGACAAAAUCCUUGUUCAGUAUUGCCUGGAAUCAGUUUGUAAAAAGAGAUGCGUCUAGAUAUAUCGUGUAGACUCCGUAGCGAAUUAGAGUAGAAAAUCCUUAGCCAAAGAGUACCCUCGUAGUGAAAGCCCUUAAUAGAGUGAACCACACACCCAGAUCGGUCAAAACCAUAUACGUUACUCGUUGAUUGUAGCAAUAAAUAGUUGUUAUGUACUGGGCAAUUGUUACUAUAGCUAAGGUGUGGAUAUAUUAGGAGGGGGAAGAAAUCGAGACAGAGAUGGCCCGCCCCAGCGGGUGUUUGGAUUACAAACUAUACAGCAGUGAACAACAACAAAAAUAGAAAAAUCAAAUCACACACGCACGUGGUAAUAGUUGUACUAGAUUAGGGAACCUAAGGUAAUGAAAUUUUAAAAAAUAAUCUAUGAGUGAUAUUAUUCCGCUGGUAGUGAGAAAACAGUUUGGUUGUAAAAGAAUUGACAAUGUGAAACAAACUAUUCAUUUAUGGCUUUCAAACGGGAUGACACGACUACAAUUUUGCCUAUUGCAAAGUUCUUCUGUGAAAUUACUUAUAAUUCUGAGUUCAGAACAGUCACAGAAUCAAUAACAGAUUUCGAUUACAUUACAUAUUCUUAGUGGAUUCUAGUGUUUUAAUGACUAAUUAAUUCGGAACAGAUCUAGCAAUUAUGUAAAACAGAUGGGAUACUGGGAUUUAUGCUGAUUGAAUCAGACCUCCACUUAUUCGAUGCAUCGGAUCACCCGUUUACGCUCUACGUGCUCUGAGCCAGAGCGUAGGACAGAUUUUCUAUUCAUUCCUACUUUUGUCAAUAUAUAUGUAUUAUAUGUAUUUACUUACGAAUUAGCAAGAAGAAAAGAGAACUUGUGGAAUUAUACUUGUUUUAUAUUUAUUUUAUAUACAUCUAGUGUGAAAAAGUCAAAGAAUUUAUGCUUGGCAUUACGCUAUCGAACGUUCUCCAAGGAAACUACUCAUGGAUCCAUUUUUGUGGUUUCAUAUUUAUUUCCACGUGUUUUUGUUCAAGCUUUUUCGGUAAAUUUGUUGUUUUGAAUCUAUAGAAUCUAAGAAGUGUUGCUCAAUGAAGUUGCUAAAAUUUUAUAUGAAAAUUGUAAUAAUUUUUUUAAAACUUCUAUCACUGAAAAAAAUCUUAACAUAUUUCCAUUAUUUAGAAAUUCUCCCUUCCAUAAAGUUUUCAUCAUUUAAAAGCAAAGACAGAAAUCAGUUACCCGAAUAUUUAUCAUCAAUAUCUUGACCUUCUAAAUGUAUCCAUUGUAUUUUUCGACACAAAAAUGAAAAGAAAACCUUUUCCUGAAUUUUUAGAAGUUUCCGUGUUUCCGUAGAUCUGGCAUCUCCAUCUCACCUCCGUUCUACUUCACCAAUCUCAGUGAAAAUUCUAGUAUGUAUCUAACAUACGAGUAAAUAUUGUACUCUCACGACAUCAUAAUUCUAAAAUAGAAGCGCUGCUUUGUGACAUAUUACUUUUUGUAAGAUUUUUCAAAUAAUGCAACUCUGGAAAAUAUAUACGUAGGGUGUGAAACUACUUCGGCAGGUUUUUUGCUUGAUUGUAAUGUAAAACCUGCAGGAAGCUAUGUAAUGUGAUUCCUUAUCUACAUGAAUUCGCACUACAACGGCUUCGGCCGCACAAAAAUAAAGAAGACGACAGCCUGCCAAAGUAGUCUCACCCCUUCGUGAAAAGUUUGUGAGGAAUUACAGUACAAUCGUGAUUUGAAUUGCUACUUGCUGUUUAUCGUAAUGUUCACUAGUUGUUUUGAAUUGAUAUCACAAUCAGAAUUUUAUGAAUCUACAUUUUUUGUAGAUAAAUGUAAUUAGAACAACUUUACGAAUACAAAAAAUAGUUUUGAGGUGAUCUCAUUCUCUUUCAGCAGCUCUCUAAUAGACGAAAUACGGUUUUGGUUUACCUCCGAAAGCCAAACGCUCUGAAAAUAUUUGUAACACACUAUGAACAGUGAAUUUAGGUAGAUCCCGCUUUUUGUUAGUUGGAGUUUCAAAAAGUCAGGAAUUUCAUUACGGCUGUAGAAGAUCCGUUACCAAAUAUCUUGUCGCUAAUUGCCAUCUUGAAAAUUGCAUACGAAUGUCAAAAUCUACCCGUGUGAUAUAUUUCACGCGCUGCUGAAAUAUUUCAAAGGUUCCAGUGUUUCGGACACGCCCAAACUGCGGAUACAAAUUUAACAAAAGCACUUUAGUAAAAAUUUCCUUAUACUACAGUGGCAAAUAACUUAAAAACAAGUUUAUUUUUACGAAAACUAUAUGAUUUAGAACCAUCUCUCCCCUUGAUCUUGUCAUCGGAUGAUGUUGGAUCUGUAGAAUCCAGAGUUCCACCAGAAAAGGGUGCUCUCAGUCCGGUUAGUAUAUAAAGCAACUGUGGAACUGUGGCUACAACAGCGCACCUGCUCAGCGGCACUAACGAUAUGGCUGGUUUGAUGAGAAGUAACAGCGAGUGACGGACGAGAAAAAUACUGCAAGAAGAGAACGGUAUAAGUAGCAAGGGUGAAGGAGCAACGAAUCCACCGCAAGAAGGUAAGGAAGCACGAAGAAAGUGUGAAGCGCAAGGAAGAAUGGAUCAGUGCCCGCCAUGUGCAAUGACCGAGAUGGGAACUUACUGACAGAAAAAACAAUGGUGUUAGCCAGGAAGAUGGAGCACUUCGAAGAUCUGUUGAACGCUGAUAAUGAAUUCGUAUCGAGAAGCAGGAUGAAUGUAGAUGACGAUGGUAGAGCUGUGGAACCACUAACACUGGAAAAACUCCAGGAGUAUAACCUGAAGACUCACCACCUGUUCAUUGAUUUCAAGACAGCGUACGAUUCGGUAAAAAGGAAUGGCAGGUAAUGCUCGAAAAUGGUUUUCCGGCGAAACUGAUGGCUUGAAAUCAAGUGUUCGAAUUGCAGACGAAGUGUCAACUCCGUUUGUGACCUUUCAUGUAUUGAAGCAGGGUAAUGCGCUGUCCAAUUUACUGUUCAAAAUUGUAUUCAUUGGGAGAUCUGACGUGCAGAGGAAUGGUACUAUCACACGGUCGCAUAUGCUCUUGGAAUUUUUGGACGAUAUAGAUAUCAUAGGAAUCGAUCGCAGGGCAGUGUAGGAGGCUUUUGUGCCUCUGAAAAGAGAGACGGCGAGGUUAGGCUUAACCAUUAACUCUACCAAGACGAAGUUCACGGUUGCGGGUAGAGAUAGAGGCAGAUCUAGUGGUACUGGUGCUGAGAUAGUGAUUGAUAGGAAAGUGUUUGAGGUUGUUGAACAAUUUGUUUAUCUUGGAACACUUGUGGCAUGCGACAACGGCGUUUCCCAUGAAGUGAAAAGACGGAUUGCAGCAGCGAAAAGGGCCUUUUACGAACUGCGUAAUCAGCUCAGGUCCCGCAACUAGUAAACGUCUACAAAAUUCGCUUUGUAUAAAACACUGAUCCUUCCGGCGGCCCUCUACGGAUACGAAGCGUGUACGUUGAAGGAGGUGGACUGGAAAGCUUUCGGAGUUUUCGAGUGAAAUAUGCUGCGUACAAGUUUCGGGGGGAAUUUGGAAAAUGGCGUGUGGUGCAGAAGCAUGAAUCACGAGUUGUACAAAGUGUAUAGAGAAGUGAGCAUUAUACACCGUAUAAAACACGGUAGACUUCAGUGGGAUGGUCCCUCAGUACGAAUGUCAGAAAAAAACUGCGAAAAUAGUGUUCACCAGAGAACCAGGUAGAGGUCAGCGGCAUCAUGGAAGGCCACGAACCCGCUAGCUGUAUGCAGUGACAGAGGACCUGGGAGCCCUGAACGUUCAGGGGAACUGGAGAAGUAUCGCCCAAGAUCGACAAAGAUGGUGCUUCAUCUCAUGUGCUUCACUAUACGCCAGGCAUUGGCGUGCGGACACGCUGCAGCCAUCAAGGUAAGGUAUCUUACAAAGAAGGCUGCGCUUCCAUUCGUUUCACAUUGCGUUGACUCCGCGCAAUCUUCAUUUGUUUGUUGCAAAGGGAGCAACUUCAUCAUUGGUUUCUUCAAACGGGACUUCAUGCGGCAGCGUGUAAACUUGAAGUCUUCGAUUCUUGUAUUGGUCAUUCGAAAAAUAUUCACGGCUUUGAUCCACGGUGUGACUUUUAUCUCCCACUGAGUUAUAGUACUGCUCCAUAGUUCUUGAAUUUUCGGAACACCUUCGACUUGUACUUGAUGGUGAAGAUUACGGCAAAGUACGUCCAGUCGUGUACGAUACAAAAAAAACGUGAGGCAUUCCAUGCCGGCGAUCCGAAUGCACAAUUUGCAAUGGACGUGUGACUCGUUAACGAUAUCUCGGUGGUAGAGGAAAUGCUUUGCAAACCCGAGCUGCUCAAAACAGCGUCUGUUCUCCAUGUUGAUAGCAGCUUAUCAACGUCCUGAUGCCACCGUAUGGAUUUUAAACACUCGGAUCAUGGAGCUGCAAGUCAACUUGCGGACCCCCAAUAACUUAUUGGGGGUCCGCAAGUUCGACAUUGUAGCGCUGCAGGAGGCGUGCUGGAGAGAAGUAUCUCUAUAUUAGUACAGAGAUGGUUACACCAUCUACCAGAACUGCAGCAGUACACACGAGCUGGGUAUAGCUUUUAUUGUUAUGGGCAGGUGGAAUAUGCAACCUGAGGGUCAGAGGCCGUUUCUCCAACGUUAGCAUCGUGCGCGAUCUUCACCCAGGAAGUAACGGUGACUAUAAGAUCGUCUUUUACGCGCAGCUGGAGCGUGCAUGCGAUAGCUGUCCAAAACAUAACGUCAAAAACGUCAUCGGAUAUCUCAACGCUCAGGUUGGUCAGGAGGAAGAAUUCAAACAGAUUGUUGGAAAGUUUAGCACACACCAGCUCACAAACGAAAACGGCCUUUGACUUAUUGACUUCGCCAUCUUUUAGAACAUGGCCAUGCGUAGUACCUAACUAGUCAGCAUCGGUACACUGACUGACUGAAACACAAAUCGAUCACGUUUUGAUUGACGGAAGGUACUUCUCGAAUAUUAUCGACGUCCGAACCUAUCGUAGUGCGAUCGUCGAUUCUUAACACUAUCUCCUCAUGGUCAAAAUACGCCAAGACUUUCGGUUGUCAACAACAUUCGGCGCCCGCUACGAUAUGAUCUGAAGGGACUGAAACUCCCCGAAGUUACUAUUGAGUACGAGCAAAGCCUUGAGGCAGCGUAGCCGGAUGAGAGAGAGCUUACUAAAGCCCCUCUGAAGGACUACUGGAGUACUGUGAAAACAGCUAUUAACAAAGCAGUGGAAGGUGCUCUUGGAUUCGUCUAGAGGAGUUCUAGACUAGAACAAUGUAGCGCGAUACAAACGAAAACGAGGCAGUCGACGCAGAUAAAAGCGCUGCCUGGAAGAGCUGGAGUGCAAGGAAAUGAAGCAGCUGUGUCGUUCUCGAGAAACACGUAGACUCUAUAAGAAACUGAACGCAUCCCGCGCAGGUUUUGUAACGCGAGCUGAAAUGAGUUGAGAUAAAGAUGGAGGAAUCAUGACGGAUAAACGUGACAGGUGAAAGCAGCACUACAACAAAAACCUGUAUGCACAGAGGUAGAGGACCAAAUAUGGUGGGAGGUAUGACUUCGUCAGCACAGCGCAUGAUGGAGGCAUACCACCCCCCAUGAUUAGAGAAGUUAAGGAUGCUAUCAAAUAGCUCAAGAACAACACAUCAGCUGGAAAGGUGGACCCGGAUGGAUUGGCUUCCUGUCUGCAUCCGCUGAUAGUCAGGAUCUUGAAUACAGAAUAAAUACCGGAGGAGUGGAAGGAGGGAGUAAUAUGCCCAAUAUACAAAAUGGGCGACAGGUUGGAAUGUGAGAACUACUAAGCCGCCAGUACAAAGAUUUGUGGGAAUAAUAGGUUUUGUGGAUCGAUAACGAACCAAAUCUUCAAGCUGCGGCAGAUCCUUCAAAAGCGUCGCAAAUACCAACUACCCACGUGCCGCCUAUGAAUAGUAAAGGACGAAAAUGGUUUCGCUGAGAACCAUAAAAAGACUGAUUAAGGCCUUGGUGGAUGGUGUACAGUGCUAAGUGAAGAUCGACCUUAGUGAUCAACGGAGAUGAGUUCGAGCUAUUUGACGAGUUUGUAAACCUCGGAUCAUUGGUAACGUCUAACAAUAACUGCAGCAGAGGAAUCCGCAAACGUAUUGUAGCUGGAAGUUGUGCCUACUACGAACUCCAUACGACGUUGAGGUCUGGCAAACUUCGCCCCCUAACCAAGUGCACCAUUAUAAGACCGGUAGUCCUUAACGGGCACGAAACAUGGACAAUGCUUAAAGAGGAUCAUCUUCGACGGAGUAUGUGAGGAGGCGAAGAAUGAACCACGAGCUGGAGAGCAACUCUACGACGAGACCAGUAUUCAAGAAGUCGCUAAAGCUGGAAGGGGUGUUGUAAGAAUGCUAGACGGAAAUUCCCCAAAAAUGGUGUUCGUAUCGAAACCGGCCGUACAAGGGGUAGGACACUCAAGAAACUGAAGACAAGUAACCAUGGACCCAGUGCGUUGGCGUAACAUUGUGAUGCAGGUGAAAUCCUGAGGGAAGUUUCAUCAGGAAAGGAAGUGGGUACGUGUGACUCUCUCUCUAACACCGUUAAACAAAAUCUAAUCGAAUCCAGCUUCGUUUAAAAACCAGCGUUCAUCUCGUGUUUUACAGAGUUGUUCGCUGCCUGUUUGUUUGAAAGACCCACAAGACCUUAUCAUAAUUUACUUACCUCGGCUACGCUGAUGUUGGCCUGCCCAAAAGAAAGGAUAUCUAAAUUCAGCAAGUGCCACGGAGUCACGUUACUCUUAUCAGUUCACCGCCCUCCUUGUGUUCUGGAUGGUCUUAGCACUACAUGGUGAGAGCUUCUUGACUGAAAGCUAGUUUUCCCGAAGAUACGGCUGCUGUCUGUACUAUAUAUUGGAUGGUAAAUUUCAUCCAUAUACCCAUAUCUUUGAUUUCUCCAGUAUAUUUUCCGACCAUUGUCCCGUCAUUCUUGGCCAUAUCGAUUUAGAAAGAUCUUUCAGUUUGGUUUGCAUUCUUCACGAGAUAAUCAUUGCAUCCGGAUUCUAGGCAGAACUGAAUCUGCCCAGUUGCAGACACUUUCCGGUUACCUGGGCCUUCUUAUCGACUGCCGUAUUUCCUUCCGGUUUCUUCGAACGACAGAUCUUCUGCAUGUGUCUGACUUUUUCACAGCGGUGGUGUUUGCCGGUGCACUUCUUCUGUUGCUUCUUCCUGUCAUUGACGAACACCACUUUGCCCAAGUCUCCCCGGGGGUCUUUCUCCUCUAUAUUCUCGAGUGAAGUCACCUGGGGGUCAUAACUGAAGUAAGGUUAAGAAUAGUUGAGCUACCAAAACACCUUAUUCUGUUUUCGAAUGCAACGAAAUGAGCUUGCAAAGAGGAUCCUUCCUUCUUCCGUAAUCGUGUCAAUGUACUUUCUUUGAAAUGUUUGGCUUGAAACGGUUUUUGCGCAAAGGUUUUUUAUAGGGCCUUCCACAUUGCAGCUGACGUUUGCUUCUGUCAAACAACUUCAAGGAUUUGUUUGCUACCAAUCCAAUAAGCUGGUUCUGGCAGCACAGGGAAAACUUCAACUGCAUCCAAGUGGAGCUUGACCCGGAAACGUAAAUUUUCAGAAUUCGGUCCUAUCAGCUGCGGGAUGCAUGCUUUUGAAUUGCCUAGAACCUCUAGAAUAACUUUUUGGUUUGAGCGGAAAAAGACGAACUUAGACAGGCGUUGAUGGGACAAUCUUCUCCACGAGCUUCUCAAGGUCUGUAUGGCAGUGUCUGCUUCUCCAAAAAUGUUCGUAAUAUAAACUUCAAAAUGAUAAGCGGAGGCAGUGAGGGGAUGCCAAAUCAGUUUUUACCUGCAACUCAAAACACCCUUAGUCCACCUCUGUGUAAAGCUUGAUUCAUUUAAUAAUAGGUCGCACAAAGUUCCAUCGAAUCAUUUCAGCACGCUGUUUACGGUUGAUUAAGGAGAUUUUGAGGCACUUCGCAAUUUAUACACUAAUUUUUUACACAAAAAUCACGUAGAAAAAAAUUUGGCCAAGACUUUCUCAUACUGGUUUCGUCCUAACUGCUCUGUAGACUUUCAACCGUAGCUGCUCGUCAAUCGUACAACUUCUGCGGUUGCUGUAAUCAGCGCGGUCCAGCGUUAGAGUUCCAUUGAAUCAUUUCAGUACGUUGUUUACGGUUGAUUAGGGGGAUUUAGAGGCACUUCGCAAUUUUUACACAAAAACCACGUAGAAAAAAUUUUGAGAUUUCAUCCUGAAGCAACUUUAUUGACCUUUGAAGGAAAAAUACAGAAAAAAUGAUUCUUCUGGGUUUCGGAUGAAUUCGCGCACUUUUCGUUUCAUACCGCCCGUCAUCUUCUGCACAGUGGAACUGUCAAAUCGAUCCACCAUUUUCUUUGUAAACCUUGGAUCAUUGGUAACGUCUAACAAUAACUGCAGCAGAGGAAUCCGCAAACGUAUUGUAGCUGGAAGUUGUGCCUACUACGAACUCCAUACGACGUUGAGGUCUGGCAAACUUCGCCCCCUAACCAAGUGCACCAUUAUAAGACCGGUAGUCCUUAACGGGCACGAAACAUGGACAAUGCUUAAAGAGGAUCAUCUUCGACGGAGUAUGUGAGGAGGCGAAGAAUGAACCACGAGCUGGAGAGCAACUCUACGACGAGACCAGUAUUCAAGAAGUCGCUAAAGCUGGAAGGGGUGUUGUAAGAAUGCUUAACGGAAAUUCCCCAAAAAUGGUGUUCGUAUCGAAACCGGCCGUACAAGGGAUAGGACACUUGAGAAACUGAAGACAAGUAACCAGGGACCCAGUGCGUUGGCGUAACAUUGUGAUGCAGGUGAAAUCCUGAAGGAAGUUUCAUCAGGAAAGUAAGUGAGUACGUGUGACUCUCUCUCUAACACCGUUAAACAAAAUCUAAUCGAAUCCAGCUUCGUUUAAAAACCAGCGGUCAUCUCGUGUUUUACAGAGUUGUUCGCUGCCUGUUUGUUUGAAAGACCCACAAGACCUUAUCAUAAUUUACUUACCUCGGCUACGCUGAUAUUGGCCUGCCCAAAAGAAAGGAUAUCUAAAUUCAGCAAGUGCCACGGAGUCACGUUACUCUUAUCAGUUCACCGCCCUUCGCAAUUUUUACACAAAAAUCACGUAGAAAAAAUUUUGAGAUUUCAUCCUGAAGCAACUUUAUUGACCUUUGAAGGAAAAAUACAGAAAAAAUGAUUCUUCUGGGUUUAGGAUGAAUUCGCGCACUUUUCGUUUUAUACCGCCCAUCAUCUUCUGCACAGUGGAACUGUCAAAUCGAUCCACUAUUUUCUUCCACCAGCCAUGUAAAUCAGCUGUUUUUUUUAGUGUUCUGCCACUUUUUUUAACUUGUUCUUGAUUAUCGCCAAAUAUUAUUCAAUUGGACGAAACUCUGAGCAAUUUUGUGAGUUGCUAGCUUUUUCGAUUAUAUCAAUUCCAUUCUCCUUGUACCAAUCCGUGACUCUCCCGCUGUAGUGGCAGCUAGCCAAGUCAUGCCAGAAAUUCACCGGACCGUCAUGUGUUUGUAUUAACGACAAAAUCCGCUUCUGAAGGCACUGUUCCUUGUAUACCUGGCCAUUCAUGGUUUAUCCGGUGAUGAAACUUUUGUUUUUUUGCCAAAGCUGCAGAAAAACUGUCACACCAUCAGCUUCCGAGCGAACUGGUCAGCAAACACGAAUUUAAACCGCUUGGCGACAUCACUCUUGCGCUUGGACAUAUAAUUUUUUUGUCCUGGGAGCUGCACGAAAUUCAUUUUUAUUUAUGUCUCAUCGUCAAUUAAACUGCAGCCGUCGAAUUUGGCCAAGACUUUCUCAUACUGGUUUCGUCCAAACUGCUCUGCAGACUUUCAAUCGUGGCUGCUCGUCAAUCGUACAACUUCUGCGGUUGCUGUGAUCCAGCGUUAGAGUUUCAUUGAAUCAUUUCAGCACGCUGUUUACGGUUGGUUUGGGAACUUGAGGCACUUCGCAAUUUUUACACCUGACCACGUCGGAUUUUCAACGUGAGUGUGCAAAAUUUUCUCACGUCUUUCACGUUCCAUCGUCGAAAACUUUUGAUCCACUGACUCGAAUUUGAUGAAACUUUCACCACUUUGUAAACAAACCUUCCCCGUGACUGCGCUGUCAUUGGUUUCUCGUAACCGCUACUAGAGGCACCACAGUAAAUAAAAAGCUUCGACCAAAAUACACGCAUACUCAAUGAAUUUGGUAUGCAAGAAACUAGUAACAUAUGCAUAAUAUACGACAGUAUGUGCUGUUAUAUAUUUGAAAUGAAUGUUACUGCUUCUCAAGUAACAAAUUUGUUACGAAAUGGAAAACUUUUCGUUACUGCAUUAAACUAACACGUAUACAUUUUGCGUGUGCUUUCAGUAUGCAAGAAAAAGCUGUUGACGAGCUUUCAUUCAAAGAGUGGCACGAUGACGUCUUAAGAAACAAGAUUUUACCGUGGAUUCGAAUUUGAAAAAUUAAACAAAAUGAAUUUUACUAAAGAGUGAAGCGAACUUCAUGGCCAGGGUUGCCAUUCUGGUGAUACAAACUGAGAGACAAGAGACAGUGCGAAUCAAUGUAUCUUUUGGCUGUUCUCUAUGAAAUUUUUUCAGUUAUUGUUGCGUUAACAUAUUUUCUGAUAACCAUAAAAAGAAUACUCCAUUGACUUAGCACGGGGCGUAAGAAUUACCAAUUCUACAUGAAAUUAGUUUAAAUUUAACACAUGACUGCCAGUGCAGUAGGUACUAUGAACAUUUGCAUACUUUUGUGCAAUAUUUUGGUGAGAAGAUUUUCUACAAAUUGAUCAUUUUGGAUCCGGGUGUAAAAAUGUUGCUCAAUAGCUAUAAUAGCAGUGUUUUAGAGUUUGCUUGUUUUUAACAUUGGGGACAUAGAAAACCACGUUUGAAAAUGCUUGAAAAAUCGUAAUUUGCUUAGAAACACAUGAAAGUUUUUGUCAAAAGAAAAAAACUAACUGUCGAGUAUUAAGUUUAUUCCAUAUUUAAGUUAAAAGUUUUUUUAGGACAUCAAAUGUUAUUGGGCAUCUCCACUCAUCAUGGUUCCGGUAACGUUAAGUAAGUAUCUCCCUCGAAGCCAUAAAUGAAUACUUUGUGUCAAUGGUGACCCAAAAAUUGUUCUUUUGAUGUUUUGAACUUUAGGCGUAGAUUAGAGAACAAAACCCAAACAAUCAUAAUUUCUAAAAUGUCAUACCGUGUUUCUUCGUUCAAUACUUUGAAGUGUGUUCACAUUUCUGGUUUAGUUUGUCGUCAUACGACUCUAUACAUAAGUAAUGUUAAUGUGCGAAAAGAAAUGCCAGAAAUGCAAAGUGUGUUAUAGGAAAAAAAGUAGCAAAACAGAUGAUUAUAAAGACUGUCAAAAUAA